AUGGAAUUCUUAUCUAUUUUUGUGGAAAAAGUCACAGAUUGCUUGAUGCAGCCAGUUGUGCGAGGGAUUGGGUAUUUAUAUUACUACAAGAGCAACAUCAGAUGUAUGGAUAAAGAAUCUGAGAAGCUGAAGAACAUCAAAAGUGAGGUGGAGGAAAGAGUGGAAGUUGCCCGGAGAAACUUAAAACGCAUUUCACGCAAUGGCGAGACUUGGUUAACUAGUGUUGAUACCACUACUGAACAUGUGGAAGCUGUAAGGCAAGGUACAGCUGAGGUUGAAAGGGGUUGCUUUUAUGGUUGGUGUCCAAACCUGAAGUCACGUUACUCGAUGAGCAGGAAAGCUAAAAAAAUUACACUGGAGUUGAUUCAACUUCAAAAUGAAAGCAACAGGCCUGAUGUAAUCUCCUUUGAUCACCCAGUUCAAAGUGAGGCUAUACCUAGUAACUAUGGUGAGGUGUUUGACUCCAGAAAAUUGAAAGAGGAAGAGGUCAUGGCAGUUUUGAGAGAUGACGGGGUCACUAUGAUUGGGAUAUGUGGUUUGGGAGGUGUUGGUAAGACAACACUGGCUGACAAAAUCAGACAAAAGGUGAAACAAGAAAGGUUGUUCAAAGAUGUCGUCAUGGGUGAGAUUGCAGAAGGACUCGGGCUGAAAUUAGAAGAGGAUAAUUUGUGGAGUCGUGGAGAUCGGCUGCGUACAAGGUUAAUGGAUCAGAACAGCCACACCCUUGUAAUCUUGGAUGAUGUUUGGGAGGCCCUUCAUGAUCUAGACAAACUUGGAAUUCCCAGCGGUAGCAACCACAACCAUCGGUGCAAAGUGAUAUUGACGACGCGAUCCCGAAAUGUUUGUGAAGUAAUGGAAGCUAAGAAGAUCAUUGAAGUUGGAACAUUAUCUAAAGAGGAAGCAUGGUGCCUUUUCAAGGAGAAAGCUGGUGAUUCAGUUGACGUUCCUUCUAUUCAUGGCACAGCAAAAGAGGUCGCCAAAGAAUGCAAGGGGCUGCCGCUUGCAAUUAUUAUAGUUGCAGGAGCACUUAAGCGUAAAACCAAGCCUUCGUGGGAGGAUGCCCUUAGACAAUUACGUCGUGCAGAAGCAAGAAAUAUCCCUGGAGUGCAUGAAAAGGUGUAUGAAUCUCUGAGGCUAAGCUAUGAUCACUUGGGAGAAAAUGAAGCAAAGUACCUCUUUUUGCUUUGUUCUUUAUUCGAGGAAGAUAGUAAUAUUUGGACCGAAGAAUUACAUUUAUUUGGAAUGGGGCUUGGCAUCUUUUCGGGAAUUGAAAAUUUAGAAGAUGCAAGAAAUAGGUUGUCUCUUCUGUUAGAAAUAUUGAAAGAUGGUUUCUUGUUAUCCCAAGGUUCAGACAAAAAUCAUGUGACAAUGCAUGAUGUGGUCCGUGAUGUGGCUAUAAGUAUUGCGUCUGAAGGAGAGCAUAACUUUAUG